GCGAAUGUGGAAAGCUGCUUGGAGUACAAGGGGGAUUGAACCGUGGCUACAGCCAGAAACGGUUUUUGAAUCGGUUUCGUCGUCACGCAAGGAAAAUGUAAAAUAACGGGAUGCAAGUUGUAGGAGUUAUCUUAAGUUUUCAGGAAACUGUUGUUGAUGGCGCCAGAUUGUUUUGGAAGCGCGAGGUAAAGCGUGGGUCACCUAUUUUACGGAUUCAGUAAUGCACUGAAGGACACACGCAAAAUCGAGUGUUUAAAUCGGCCAAAACCAAGAGUAAGAUCUCAAGGAUUAAGAUAAUUCCCGAUUAUUAUUAUUAUUUAUUUAUUUAUUUAUUUUAUGUUAUUGUCGACCAAAGAGUUGCCUACCUGUGGUGAAUAUAGUUUCUGGACUUAUCCAACUAUCAUGCCUACUCUUAGCUCGAAAAGUAGGCAGAAUGCAGUCGAUAUGGUUGAGGAUGGAGGCAGCAACAGCGAUCCUCUCGAUACCACGGCUAAAAAGAUGUUGAAAUGUGUUGUCGUCGGCGAUGGAGCGGUGGGGAAAACCUGUUUGCUGAUGAGUUACGCAAAUGAUGCUUUUCCUGAGGAAUAUGUACCAACUGUAUUCGAUCAUUAUGCAGUAAAUGUAACUGUAUCUGGGAGACAGCACUUGCUGGGAUUGUACGAUACUGCUGGACAGGAGGAUUACAACCAGCUGCGGCCCCUGUCUUACCCCAACACAGACGUCUUUCUCAUCUGCUUCUCAGUCGUGAAUCCAGCUUCCUAUCACAAUGUGCAGGAAGAAUGGGUCCCGGAGCUCAAGUCCUGCAUGCCUCACGUGCCUUACAUCCUAAUCGGAACACAGAUUGACUUACGGGACGACCCAAAGACACUAGCACGUCUGCUCCAGAUGAAGGAGAAGCCACUGACCUAUGAGAAAGGCCUCAAGCUUGCCAGAGAGAUUGGAGCCCAGUGCUAUCUGGAGUGUUCGGCAUUGACUCAGAAGGGACUAAAGACAGUGUUUGAUGAGGCAAUUCUGACUAUCUUCAGCCCUAAGAAACAAAAAAGGGGCUGUGCUGCCUGUAGAAGUUGUUGUGCUAUCGUGUGAGAGUUAGCCAUCUCCAGCUGUGAACACCCACCCUCCUCUAAAGAUUCAUCUACACCACAGGGCAGCAUAACAGACCCCGGCCCCUAAACCACCUCCAGUCUGCUGCACAUCCUUCCUCUCUCCAUCUGCCCUUCAUUUGCAGAGCUUGUCGUCCCUCAGGACAACGAAUGGUCUUGCCCUCAGCAUCUGUGUCUCGUAGACACAGACAUUUGUAGAAAAUAUAGAAAAAAAGUCCAAAAGAAGUGCCUUAAUCUGCGACUAGAACUCUUCUCGUGUUGCCCUGCAAGAUUCUCAAGCCAAAGAAAUCUAGUUCUGGACUGCAGUUACUUGAACUGAUAUGGAGCAACGUCUCCAAUCUCCAGUCAAACAAACAUCUCAGAUUCAGCUCUGGGCAAUUACAUUCUUUUAAACACCUGUUUCUCAAGGCUUAUGAAAAAAAAAAUUUACUCCAUCCCUGCGUACAAACUGGUUUUCUCUCAGUCACCUCAAAUCAAUAUUUCGCUCUUUAUGCAGUGGAUGCUUCAGCAGUUUGUGCUAGUUAAUAAGGGAAAUACUCUGGAGGUUGGCCAACUCAUCAAUAGGGAGAGAGACAGCUAUAACAUAGACGAGACAGAAAGAGAGAGAGAUAAAUAGCGAAGUGUAUCUUUAACACAAUUCAUUAAUCUUGUGGGUCAUUCAAAAUUAGCAACUCGCAAGUAACACUUUACAAUUACAGCUUUAGUUAAAGCUUCUCUUUGAGUGUCAGUUUUUUUAGCCCUCUUCUUUGCGUGCACCAUGAACAGGUGAAACACAUCUGUGAAUCAGACUGCUUAAAACUUGCUCAUUACAACUGGUUGUUGUUAUUGAUAGGGCUAUAGAUUAUUGUAAGCAUCUCUGAUUCACCAUUGCAUUCAUGUCCAUAACAGACAACAGCUAAAAAGAACAUAGUAAAUAUAAAAUGUAUAUGAAAUGGAAGAACUACUGUAAAUGUAAUGCUGCAACACUUUUCACGAUUAAUUAAUUGUGGCAGCUGUAAUCUUGAUUACCUUGUCUGGUUCCGGAAGAAAAAAAUAUCCCAUAGGCGAUUUUGUUUUACGAUAGCCUUGAAAGACAACCUACCAUGAGCUCAGAGGUUGUUAAUUGAUGGUAUAUUCUUCUUCUGAAGCCAUUAAACUGUGUUAUUUUAACUUUCAAAUAACUUCAUAUAUAUAUAUAUAUAUAUAUAUAUAUAUAUAUAUAUCAUAUAUGAAGAACUACACUAUCCAUAAUCCUGUAGAGAAAGAUCCACCAAUCAGAGAACUGUGGCAAACAAACCCCAGCUAAAGUGCUCAGUACUUUCCGCCCACUCCCGUGGCGUACUACGAAUGGCGCAACCGAGUCGGUCAUGCUUAAAUAUUUUUAUAUAUCUAAAUAUUUUGCAAUAAACUUAAAAUGGAUUGAUUCUAUACUUCAACGACUUUAAAUCAGCAGUUUUAUAUUUUUCAUCGGAUUUUCAUGAUUACGUCAUUCGCAGUGCUUCAUGGGAUUGUAGUUCAUUCCCUCUUUAAAGACGUUUAGUACACAGUCUUGUAUUUUUUACUUAUUUUGAAAUGCUUUUUGAAUGGGAAAAAUGCUUCCAGAAACCAAGACGGCUGAAAAAAUUUGCAGGAACUGUUGCGCUCUAUUGUGCAGACCUAAUAACUACACAAAGUAAACAAAGACAACGAUCAAGCACUCUAUGACUGAAGCCUGUUAGUUUCGUGAACGGAUUAAGAGAAAAUGUAUCCUGUGGCAUAUGACUGCCCCAUGAAUUAUUCGUAUUUCCUUGGGUUUUCAAAACUGCAAGGCUCUGAAGUGUACUUAGUUGUUUUUUGCGAGCUCCAUCAGACCAAUAUCUUUGAAGAAUGUAGGUGUAGAGCAAUGACAUCAUGUAAUGGUGCUGUCAUUAUUCUAUUUAUCAUAAGCAUUUACAUUUUUGAAGGGGCUUAUAUUUUAUGAUGCUAUCUUUUUAAAUGCAUCUGCCUACACAUUUUUAAAAAAUGCUCUCAUUUUCCAUUUUGCAAAAUGAGCCAACCCUGCUGAACAAAAUAAAUAAAUAAAAACCCAUAUCACUCACCAAUUCAGCUGACAUACUCAUGCGUGUACUAAGGACCAGGCCUAUACACUGUUCUGUUUGCCUCUGGCCAAAGCCACCACCUCGUUUUGCCCUUUAAAGAACAGCUCAAACACAAAUGGCUUUGUCCUCAGACUUGUUUUUUUCCCCCUUAAGGCCUGUUGUAGUGGUCAUGCUGUAGACUGCACCACUGAUCACGGACUCUUGGCAGUCCCUUAGCGUCUAUGUAUUUACUCUAAAUAUGUUCACUUGUUUGCUAUUGUAUUAAGGUACAGUGUGUAAAAUGGUAUUGAUAUUUUUUGUUUUGGACUUUGUAGAGUGACAGAAGAAGUUAUAUCUGAUUGUACUGUCUCUUAUUGUGCUGUGAACUUCCACAUCUGGACAUCUGUGGACCUUUAAGAGAAUUAUCAUCUGCCAAAGCAAUGAACUCAAAACCUUGCAGUCCAGCGCUCCAUUAUUGUUACUUUUACCAAGUGCUGUCCAGUCAGCGAGUACUCAUCUAUAGUUCUCAGAUGACCUUGUAAAUGGACACCAGAACUUGUGACUGCGCUUCCCAUCAGUUGGUUCCUUAGUUUGACCUCAGGGACUUCUUUUUGGAGCCCACAAGGUGCUAGCGACCCCCCUCGGAAAGAGAAACCCAUCUUGUUUCUCAGAGAGGAAGAAUGAGCCUUCUUUCACUUGCCUUUAAUGUAGCAUAGAGUUGGUUUCUUCACUCGAUUUAAGUGCACUUAUGACACUAUGACACUGUGCCUUGCAUUGUUUUAUGCAAUUGUUUUAUGCAAUUGUUUAUAUACUGUAAUCCUAAACAAAAGACCAGUUUUUAGUCACUGGUAGCAAGAGCUAUAACUUGAAUUCAAUCUUGAACUCUGUAGUAAAACUAUAUUUAAUAUUUGAGUAAUAGUUUUAAAAUUUCAUGUAUUGAUUUGUAUCAUUUGUAUGUAUUGACAGAAACACGACAGCUUUCUUUACCAAAACUUAACGAAUGUAUUGUAAAUAUACAUGGAGUGAUUAAAGCUUGUAAUCAAACUUCAA